AUGGAGACGAGCGCCGAUAGCAUGGAUGACGACGUUUUCGAAACGGUAGAGGACAGCCGAUUAAAGAUAAACGCUAUAAAUUCGCAACAAAAAGGCGGGACUCCGUCGCCAACGGGCUAUAGAAAUUAUAAACCUCCUGCGGAAGUUUUGAAAUUGGCCGAAAAUGAUAUUAUCGAAUCCGUAGAACCCAUCGUGCACAAGACUAACUAG